GAGAGAGAGAGAGAGAGAGAGAGAGAGAGAGAGAGAGAGAGAGAGACAGGAGGAGGUUUCAGGUCGGCCAACCUUAGAUGUUCUCGCCGCCGCGACUCCAUAUGCCAGUUGUAACGACGCUGCUGCGCUGCAUGGAGACAGUGGCGCGAUGGUGAGCAGGAGCGUGGCGGUCGAGUGCACGUAAACAGUUGCAAUUUGGAAACAAAUGGGUGUCGCGAGAUCGGCAUGGCCGAGCGCGUCGAGCAGCACGAGUUUCUGCCGCUGUGCGACGUACUGUUCAACAUCAUCUCGCUCGCGUCCUACUUCUGCGACGUGGUCUUCGAUCUCGCAAUGGCUUACGCCCUCGCCUAUCAUCCCGAGGCGCCCAGGAUGCUGUUCCCUAUCAGCGUUUGCCUCGUCGUCGCCUCGCUCCUCGUCUCACAGGUAAUGAGCAUCAAGUGGUAUCUGUGGGGAGCGAGGGGUAAGCUCCGGCCAAACGCCAACACGGACUGUGAUAUUAAUGGGGUAAAAAAGACUGCUAAUUGGACGCUUGGAUGCGUACUGCUCGUUCACCUCAGCCAAGCCAGCGUUUUGUGGCGAUACUUCAAACUCUUCAUACCCGUCGACCUUACCUUCGUCAAACACGAAGUGCGCGAGCUAUGCAUGCUGCGUCUAAUCCACGCCUUCUGCGAGGCAGCGCCAAUGCUGCUUCUGCAGGCCUACCUACUAGCCCUAGGUUUAGGUUCGACCGAGUACCGCUCGGCGGAUUUUGAAGGCGCCAGUAUGGUUCGGCCAGCCCAGCCGGGCGAAACGAAACUUGGCGAGCUGGCCACGGUGUCGGCAGGUCUGUCGCUUUGGAGCGUUUGCUGGGCAGUGGCUUCGUUCAGCAAGGGCGCGGCGAGACUGCGUAAUCUCGAGCGAUUGGUACUCACGUGGCUGGGCGUAUUGGCGCAGCUGGCAUGGCGGUUGGGCACCGUGAGCGCGAGAGUCGGUGCGCUGGUUGCUUAUGCGUCGAUAUACGGCGCCGAAUGGCUGCUCGUUGUCAUUGCGCUUCACUGGCUGUCGAUGCUCACCUGGCUGCUGCUCACACCCGACGGCCUGUUCAACGGCAGAGAGCAGCUCACUGUCACGAGGAAGCUGUUCAUCGCCUCGAUGCUAGCGUUCGUUUACGUCUUCUCGUACGUGAACUUGCACGAGACCAACCAUCGUCAGAAGAUGCUCAUCUUCUACUCGGUGAUGUUUCUGGAGAAUUGUCUGCUGACGGGUGUGUGGCUGGUUGGCGUAACCAACAGCGAGCUGCAUCGCAACGUUCAUCCUCUCACGGUCAUAUCCAUCUUGUUCGCACUUUUCUUCGGUGGACUCUUCUUCAUGGGACUGUACUACAGGUUCUUUCACGUCAGACGGUUGCGAUAUGAAGCUGGAGGAAGGAUGAAUGGCAAUAACGCAAUUACGACGUUGUCUCGGCAGAACCCUUAUCAAGAAAAGCACAUGAACAGUUUUAACGGCAAGAGCAACGGCUGUGCUGUGCGUAAAGUGAAACUCAACAAUGGGGGUAUUCCAGGCGUGUUCAAUUGUCGAUUCGCUAACCCCGCUGUAACUAAUCCAAAUAGAAAAAAAAAGAAACCAACGACUUUCGUGCCGCCACCCACGCAACCACAAUCUAACACCAUACCCAUGACAACACUUGGGGAUGCUAAUAAAUGGGCCAAUAACAAUGUGAACGGACCGCAGCUAAUUCCGUUUUGGAAGAGACCGUUGCCAAUUCCGAGCUUAAAUAAUGUCGACGAGAAAAACGAGCCGGACAUGACGAUCGGUGGUUCUCUCAGCGUGAAUCUAAUUCAUGAGAAACUUCGCGAGAAAAAGCAACAACAAUUACGCGAGCUGCGAGCCAUACAGGAGGAAAUCAAGGAAGGCAAAUUAGUCCCGCCGCCAUCAACGUCUUCUACGACGUCCAACCAACGGCCACCGCCGACCAAACUGCACACUUCGCCAAACACACCUCUGUCGGUAUCGCCAAACGCAAUGACAGUGCAGGGAAAGAAUAACGGCGUUUCGGCGUGGCCACCAGUGAAGAUGCAUUGCUUGAUGCCGCCACCGCCGUCCUACCCCUCGACACAUCCAGCACCGGAAUGGAAAACGUCGCCGAAGAAAGCAAUGGAGACUUCGGAAAUUUUACUUGCGCCAAGGUGUUUGCCAUAUCAUUAUGCGCAUUGGACCCCGCCGAUGAUUGCUAAUCACAGCAGGUUGUGCAAUAAUGAAAACGAUUUAGACGAGUCUUUUAAAGAGGAGAAUCAUGGUGACGAGGACGUUAGUGAUAUCGAAGGUAGUCAAAUAUCAUUGCCUCGGAGCUACACGUUACCACGAGAAUUCAAAUAUCAUAAGAAUAACGAACGACGAGAUGCGCCUACAAGAUUAACGGGCGCACGCUAUUACUUACCUUCUGUGAAUAGUUCCGAUGGUGACGUGGACAGCGCCGACAACGAGGAUGAGACGGACACAGAGCAGCAGCUGUGCGUUGGCUUAACGCCCAAAGUACACGGGUCCACGGGCAAGGACGGCAGCAGGCACAUCACGUAUCACGAGGACAUGAUGUGGAACAAUCGCGAGCAGCAGCAGACGCAAGCUUGUAGCAAGCGCAAGCCCGAGACUCAGCUCUGACUCUUUACGGAAACAGUAUUUAGCUUUAAAAACGAUUCGCCGUGUAAAUAAUCAUUGUUGUAAAUACCGUGCAUUGUAUAUUUAUUUUUUUCUAUCCUUAAU